AUGUCACAAUCACCAUCUGCAGCUUGCUGCAACACCCCCGCUGUUGUAAGCCAAGGCUACAAAGAGAAGGGAAAAUGGAUAAUUGUCGACGGGUUGAAGACAUACGCAACGGGACCUUCCUCUGCGAGCCAGGGAAUUCUGGUCGUGUACGAUAUUUUUGGGUUCUUUCCACAGACGCUGCAAGGCGCCGACAUUCUUGCACACGCAGAUAAGGAGCACCAAUACCAGGUAUACAUGCCGGACUUCUUCGAAGGAAAACCGGCCGACAUCUCCUGGUACCCACCAGACACAGAAGAGAAGGGGAAGAAGUUGGGCGAAUUUUUCCAGACCUCUGCUGCCCCACCAAAGACGGUCGAGCGAGUCAACAGGGUAAUGCAGGAGUUGAAGUCGACAUAUCCCGGUAUCAAGAGUUGGGGAAUUGUUGGAUACUGCUGGGGUGGGAAGAUUGUGAACCUUGUUUCUGGAUCCAAUACAGUCUUUAAAGCAGCUGCGACCUGCCAUCCCGCCAUGAUCGACCCGAAUGAUGCACCGAACAUCACCAUCCCUAUGCUCAUGAUCCCUUCCAAAGACGAAGACCAGGCCGAUGUGGAAAAGUACGAGUCGAAGCUCCAGGUGCCCCACCAGGUAGAAUGGUUCAAGGAUCAAAUUCACGGUUUCAUGGCGGCAAGAGGUGACCUUGAGAAGGACGAUGUAAAGGCCGCCUACGAGAAGGCCUACCAGCUCCUGUUGAAUUUCUUCCAUAAACAGCUUUGA